AUGACUUACUCACAAGAACCUCAAUUAGGAGAAAGCUCAAACAGAGAAGAUAGUUGCUCUUAUGCUGCAAAUAGGAGCGUGGCUUCGAAGUAUACUAGUAAAUAUGAGUUCCCUUGUCAAAAGGAGGCUUCCUCUCUAGUUGGAGAGACUUUAGAUAAGUCGAAAGCAAACACUUCAUUUCGCUUGAAUACAUUCCCGGAUCAACAAGGUUUCUAUGUCUUGAGAAUGGACAAUAUACUGUGCAAUGUCACCAUUAGCCAAUUAGAUGAAUUUCUCCAACUGAAACUUGCUCAUUUACCCGUACAAAGUGCCGCUUUUAAGAUAAUCAAUUUUACUCAAAAUCCAUCUACAUCUUUUAAUGGUUAUCAAGGCGAUGAUACUAUGUUUGCUGAAGUCCAGGUAUUGAACUUGGAGGCCUGUGAGGUAUUGCUGAACUUAUCUGGUGUUCAAUGGACGGGUAACGAAUUGCUGGUUUUACCUCUUCAAAUAGAUCGCGAGUCUGUGGAGUGGAUGGCAAAAAAUAACCAAGGGAACAAAUAUCACUAUGCAAAUAUGGCUGCAAAUCCCGCAUUCCUGUAUCAAACUCGAGUAGGAGACACGCCAACACAAGAGAACAACAUAAAGGAGCAAAAUCAGAGAGGCUCUGAACUGGCACCGGAACACAUUGUCUAUCCUAAUCAUCACUCAUCAAUAUACCCAAUAAGGAUACCACCUCCAUAUCCCUGUAUGCAAAGAAAUAUUCCUGGCUAUCUACCAUAUGCUCCGUACACAUAUAAUCCUUACAACCAGAAUUACUCUAACAGACAACCAAUCUCAUCUCCAAGCACCCCUUGGUGCAGAAGAAAUUCCUCAACUGACAGUUUCAGCCCAGGUAGAAGGUCAUCCGGGUCGUCAUAUACUUCAGCUUCAACAGGGUCUCUAUCUUCCCUACCGGGGGAAACUAAAGGUGGCGCCCAAGCUGUUCCUCCAUUUGUAAUGAACAUGUUGCAAGAACAUAGCGAUUCUUCUUCUAAACUUGAAUCUACAGCUAUAGAUGCUUCCCAUUCUCAAGAGACUGAGGAUUUUACUGAGUUUAUCUAUAUCCCUGCUGGUGAAGGUGAUGAUCCAGAAAAGUUAAUCCAAGUGAACCCUUGUAGAUUGUUUAUGGGAAAUAUCCCAUAUUCAUCCAAUUGGGCCUCAUUGAAGAAUUUCCUAGUUACUCGUUCAAAUCAAUUGGACCCUACUUGCAAUCUUUCAAUCAUCAGAGUGGAGAUUCCCACUCAAUCAAUAGUGUACCAGUUACGUGCCAAAGAUAAUUACCAACACCCUUCUCCAUAUGUUCCGCCAACACGCCCUCAAAUCCUCAGGAAAAGUAGGGGUUUUGCAAUAGUCACAACUGGAAAUCGGGAGACUUCAGAAAAGUUGAUUGAAAUGUUUGAUAAUGUUGAGUUUGAAGGUCGUUCAUUAACUGUGCGCUAUGAUAAAUUUCCUAGAUUUAAUAACUAUCCAAUCCAACAGCUUUGGGGUUCAUCAACGAUAAAUCAAUCAAAUUUCACUCCUCCUCAUUUACACAUAGGAUCAACUCCUCCGGUUCUACAUGACAACCGAGCCUGGGCUGGGACAGCACCACCAGGUCAAGGAAGACCACAGUUAUACAACUCAGCACAACAUACUCGGGUUCCGAUGAGUGCACCGCCGCCACCUCCUCCUCCUCCUCCUCCUCAUCCAGGGUCACCUCAAGGGUAUCCUAGACUUCCUCCUCCUCAUCCAGGGUCACCUCAAGGGUAUCCUAGACUUCCUCAUCCUGGCUACUUCAUUCCUCCAUAUUAUUACAACAAUCAGGAAGUUUCUGCCAAUGAUGGGUUUGGAUAUGGAUUUAUACCCUCGCAUGGUCCAUACGGGCCCUUCCCACCUAGAUAUGAGUCGAACCGUCUACAAAAUACCGAGCGUCCAUUGUCGAAUGAUAAGCACGCGGUUAAAGAGGAAGUGAAAGAUGGGGAGAGUGUAAAUGAAGUUGAAUUGCAAUCUACCGAUGGAUUAAAAGAGUCUUUUGACAAGAUGAAAAUUAAGCAACAAGAACUGGAUUGA